AUGAACUUAUCAAAUGCUGCAAUCUUUUUAGAUUAUGCGGUCACCCAUCCAAGUACUAACCGAGCCCGACGUUGCUUAACUUCAGUGAUCGGACGAGAACUGGUGUAUUCAACGUGGUAUGGCCAUCUAACGGUUCAUGAAGACAAAGUUUUGAUAAAACGCUUUUCUACUAACAAAAUGCUGAACACAUUCAGAGACUUCGAAAGAGAGAAAACGCACUGCGACUGCUACUGGUGCUCAACUGAAUCAUGGUACUAUGUCACACGCUAG